UCUACACACUUCGGAAUAUAGAUUUUGUUGAGGCGUUUUGCCUGAGUUUGGAAAACAUUAGGGAAGGACUGCCUUCAAACUAUUAUGCACACAAUCUGUUAACAUAUGUACACAUUUCCUUGUGACAUGGUAGAGAAGUGCAUAGAGUAUUUAUAGGAACCGGCUUUUAUAACGCUAUCAGCGGACUCGAGCAAGUAUGGAAAUCGAUGGGAAUUCAUUGUUUGUGGAGAUUCACCCACAUCACCAUGAAGUAGGAAUAGCAAAGCGACUGAAACUUUUUUGAUCAGUGCGCGGAGUGUUUUUAUUCUUUAUAUUUUAAAUUAAUACAUUUUAAAUUAAUAAAAGAAAAAUCGGUGUGUUUUUAAUCAAAGACAAGUGGAAAAGAAUUCAAGCGAGAGCCUGUGAGAAAAGAAGCUGUCUCAUGUAACGAAACGUAAUCGUUUAAGUUUGUUUUUAGCUAGUUUUAGAGAUUUUUUUGUAGUCCUAGUUUUUGUACAAAUACUAUAUCAUCAAUUGGGUGUAUAUAAGGCGCCCGAUAUAACUUUUGAAGCCAUGUCUUAGAGAAAAUUGUAAGCGGUUUUAACAAGUUUUAAGAAGUUGUUUUGGCUACUCCACCAAAGAUGCGGUCUUCUUUGGCUCCCGGCAUUAGACUGAUCACGUCCUUCUCAAGAGACAGCUGGUACCGAGGUUUCACCCUCUUCCUCACCUUCCUCUUCUAUACCAGCUACCAUCUCUCCCGGAAACCCAUCAGCAUCGUUAAGAGUCAGCUGCACAGAAAUUGUUCCACCCUCAUUCGACCUCCAAACCUCAAUGGAACUGACAAUGAAACCUGGUGUGACUGGGUGCCCUUUGACCAGGACAACUACCAGACACUGUUUGGAGCCGUGGACAACUCCUUCCUGGUUGCUUAUGCCAUUGGCAUGUUUUUCAGUGGGAUAUUUGGAGAGCGCGUGCCCCUGCGCUACUACCUGACCAUCGGUAUGCUUCUCAGUGGUCUCUUCACGUGUCUGUUUGGCCUGGGCUUCUACUUGAACAUCCACUCAAUAUGGUACUACGCCUUCGUCCAGGCAAUGAAUGGACUGGUGCAGACGACAGGCUGGCCUGCAGUCGUGGCCUGCGUUGGGAACUGGUUUGGAAAAGGGAAACGAGGGUUCAUCAUGGGCGUCUGGAACUCCCACACCUCGGUAGGCAACAUCCUGGGCUCGCUCAUCGCUGGCGUCUUCGUAUCCUCGGCCUGGGGCAUGUCCUUCAUCGUGCCUGGCAUCAUCAUCGCCUCCACUGGCGUUCUCUGCUUCUUCUUCCUGGUGGAGAAACCAGAAGAUGUCGGUUGCAGCCCUCCGCAACACCAUGAGGACAAUGAGAAGGAGCCUCUCUUACAGAACUCAUACAGUAAUGAGGAGAUCUUCAGCAGUCCUGGCCAGUCCAACUCUGUCUCCUCUGAGCCGGCAGAGGAGCACACCAAGGCCAUCAGCUUCUGUGGGGCCCUCAGGAUACCUGGCGUGAUGGAGUUCUCCCUCUGUCUGCUGUUCGCUAAGCUCGUUAGCUACACUUUCCUCUACUGGCUUCCUCUCUACAUUGCUAACGUUGCCCAUUUUGACCCCAAGGAAGCUGGGGACAUGUCAACACUAUUUGAUGUAGGAGGAAUUGUUGGGGGCAUCGUGGCUGGACUGGUGUCGGACCAAACUGGGGGCAGAGCCUCUACCUGCUGUGUCAUGUUAAUCCUGGCUGCCCCUAUGCUGUUCCUGUUCAACCACAUUGGACAGCAUAGCCUAGCAACCACAAUCGGGAUGCUGUUGGUGUGCGGAGCCCUGGUGAACGGCCCUUACGCCCUCAUCACCACCGCUGUGUCUGCUGACCUGGGGACGCAUGAGAGCCUGAGAGGAAAUUCUAGAGCGUUGUCAACAGUCACUGCAAUUAUUGACGGCACGGGGUCAAUAGGUGCCGCCCUAGGUCCUCUGUUAGCAGGGCUGAUCUCUCCGACGGGAUGGAACAAUGUCUUUUUCAUGCUGAUCACUGCUGAUAUCCUCGCCUGUUUGCUGCUGUCCAGGCUGGUGUAUAAAGAGAUGAGGGGCUGGUGUGGACACAGCCCCAGACAUGGAGGGUUCAAAGAAAUCUGAGUGGCCGCCUGGGACAAGAGACCGUAUCACACCUGCGAGGAUGGGCGCAGGAAAAAUGACCCAGUAAUAAUCCCUGAGGCACACCAUGAUUCAUACGGUACUAGUCCUUUCAUCCUUCAACCUUAAUGGGUCCAGACCUCGUCCCCAGUGGAUGAAAGGAGCUGAAAAAGGAGGAAGGGGCCAUUGAUAUUCUGGGACCGUCUGACAGAGAGAACAUGUCCCUUCCUCAAGUGACCGCAAAGCUCUUUCUCUUUUAAACCCAAAAAAUACACUUUAAUUUUUUUUUUUAAUAGACUGUCUCUCUUAUAGCCCCUCUCAGUGCAGUGUUCAUCUUUCAUAUUUUAGCAUUACAAUUCUGUGCACACUGUGCCUUUCCCCAAUCUCCCCUCCAGUUGACAUCAUUUUGCACAGCUGGGGGAUGCCAAACUACAUAAGCAGUAAAGGAGGAGUUUCAAGGUAAUCAAGGGCUGUGGAGGUGAAUGUCAUCACCAACAAAAACACAACAGAUAAGGAAACAUUUGCUGACCGAUCUUAAAAAAAAUAAAAAAAACUCUGACACCAUCACAUUAUUCCAUUUGUCUCUGAUGCAAAUGGUUGUUGAAAUGUUUAUUGAUCAAUGAUUAGAAGUUAGUUUGUAUCCACCAUGUGCACUUCGUUGUUUUGUUUUUGACUCCACCCCUCCUAGCCGGCCUCGUCAUCAAUUUUGAGCAGGGUGUGUGAUGAUACUGAUGGUUUGUCGGGACUAAUAUUUUUUACGGUUGUGGCUAGAUAAAGAGUUCCCAAACUUUUUUGGCCCACGACGCCUUUAGAUUUUUUUUGUGAUUUUUAAUUGUCUAUAACCGUCUAUUACAAAUCAAUCUGACAGUACUUUUGACAGUAUUUCAAUCUGAAGGAAGUAUGGUUUGAAGUGACUGAAAUGCAUCAACGGUAUUGGGAAGUUCAGAAGAUCAUCACGCAAUAAUUCUGUGUAGAAAAGAACACCAUCAUUGAUGUUCUUUUCCCACCCAGUUUGAUUUAGUUAGCGCCUAGUCUUUUGCACUCUGUUCUAAUGAAUCCUGCGUGGCUUGUGGGCAUUGUAGAGGAUAACAUAUGUGUUUUUUAGAGUCUUAUCUUUCAGUGAUGGGGUUAUAAUAUUUUGUAGCUUAAACCAUUCAAAAGAUAGAGCCACAUUUGUAGAAAGAGAACAGAAACUGCUCUGUUUAUUACAACUAAAACUAGCAGCUUCUAUGAACUAAGCAAGAUUUCAGACUUUCCCUUGCGACCCCCAUUGGGAAACGGUGGGCUAGAUGGAGUUCAGCUACGGAGAGAAGUUUCUGUACAUAGCAGGUUAGGAGAGUUCAUUUAGCAGGUUAGGAGAGUUCAUUUAGCAGGUUAGGAGAGUUCAUUUAGCAGGUUAGGAGAGUUCAUUUAGCAGGUUAGGAGAGUUCAUUUAGCAGGUUAGGAGAGUUCAUUUAGCAGGUUAGGAGAGUUCAUUUAGCAGGUUAGGAGAGUUCAUUUAGGAGGUUAGGAGAGUUCAUUUAGCAGGUUAGGAGAAUGAAGUUAAGGUUAGGAAAAGGGUUGGGCUUAGCUAAAAUGCAACGGUUGUCAACAACUGUUGUCCUCGACGCGACAUCUAGAUGGAGCUGUACUCCAUCUAGUCACAAUCGUAGGAACCGUCUCUCCCGACAAACCAUCGGUAUCAUAACAGGGGCUUUUGACUUUUGCCGUCGGGCUCCUAAAUUGCAAGUUGAGCGCCAACUCCUCCCACGCGACCAACAAACGAGCUCACCCAAUGUUUUCAAGUGGGACUUUGAUUGUAAAUGUAUCCCUUUUAGUGGCACGCUACCUACUCUCCUACAUAUUUAUUUGGCAUAGAAGCUAAAAUGUAAUUUGGCUCUAUACUCCAGCUUUUUGGAUUUGAAAUCAAAUGAGCCGACAAUACAUAAUGUCACCUUUUUAUUUUGGGGUGUUUUGUGUUUAACUAUUUAGAAAUGAAGCAUUUAAUGUAUCUAGUCCCCCCAUUUUCAAGGUGUCAUACGUUUUUAGACAAAUUCACUUAGUGUAUUACAUUUAUUCAAGUUUAGUAUUUGGUCCCAUAUUCCUAGCACACAAUGGCUACAUCAAGCUUGAGACUAAACAUUUGUUGGAUGCUUUUGCUGUUUGUGUAGGUUGUGUUUCAGAUUAUUCUGUGCCCAAUAGAAUGGUAAAUAAUGUAUUUUGUCAUUUGAGUCACUUCUAUAGUAAAUAAGAAUAUGAAAUGUUUCUGAACACUUCUACAUUAAUGUGGAUGAUUCCAGAUAAUCAUGAAUGAAUUGUGAAUAAUGAUGAGUGAGGAAGUUAGAGGCAUAAAUAUUAUACCUUAACCUCCCCUGUUAUUGAUAAUGAUGAGGUUAGAAUUUGUUUAGGGGCAUGAUCUUUGUACGUCUAACUUUCUCGCUCAUCCUUAUUCACCCUCAAAUAACAGGUCACAUUCUGUCUUGUAGGGUCAUAUAAAACAUUUAAUAUCAAAUCCAAAAUGCUGGAGUAUAGAGCUGAAUGUAAAAGUUUUAGCUUCACUGGCCAAGUAAAUACCUAGGGGACCAGUGUCCGUAUUCCUUUUUUUUUUCUUUUUUUUAAUGAAUUGAUGUUUCAUUCUUUGUAGAUAUUUAUUUUUUAUUUUUUGUUGACAUUUUAGUCAUUUAGAAGACUCUCUUAUCCAGAGUGACUUACAGUAGUGAGUGCAUACAUUUUCAUACUUUUUUUGUACUGGUCUCCCAUGGGAAUCGAACCAACAACCCUGGCAUUGCAAGCACCAUCCUCUACCAACUGAGCAUCCUCGCCGGUGGGCCAUGUUAUUAAGGUGAUAAUUGUACUUUAGGGACCCUCUGUUGCCUUGUAGUCAGAGGCGUUGUUAGAGGGGGCGUAAUCUUUUUUUAAAUAUAAUUGAGGAGGGAUGCAGAUAGUUGUAGUGCCCCAAAUAAAGUCAGAUGUUAUACCAUGCAUAAGCUAUGCUGAGGGCAGGCUGUAUUAUGUGACAUGACAAAUAUUCCAAGUACAUUUAGAAAACAUUUAAAUGAUGAAGUGUAUGUACAUCAGAUGUCUGAUUUAAGCUGAAUAAAUCUGAGCAUGACCAACUGUA